CGCCAACAAGCAUCAUAUUUCCGGAGGGAGGAGCAAACGUCAAUUCCACUGUGACGUCCUCUAGUUAAGUGGGCCUGCGGAGUAGCGGGAAGUUUUUCCUAGAAAUUGUGCUGUUAUCAAAUCUCUGCGCUGUAAACCAGUAUUCGAGAUGGAUGCAGUACCGGUGUGGGAACAGAUUGGAUCUGGGUUUGUGCAGAUUUACUAUCAGCACUUCGAUACCAACAGAUUACAAUUGAGGGAUCUCUAUACACUACAGUCUACUUUGACUUGGGAAGGACAGAUUUUUCAGGGAAGAGAUGCCAUUAUGGAAAAGCUGGCUGCACUUCCAUUUCAAAAAAUAAGGCACAGUAUCACUUCCCAAGAUCACCAGCCAACCCCAGAUAGCUGUGUCUUGACUAUGGUGACUGGACAGCUCCAGGCAGAUGAUGACAAAGUAAUGGGUUUCAACCAGACCUUCAUUCUGAAAAAUAUGGAGGGCAAAUGGGUCUGCAUAAACGAGUUAUUCAGACUGGCUCUGCACAAUUUUGGUUGAACUUAAAUCUACAUGAAGCACAUGUCUAAAUUUUUUAUUACCAUAAUAAAUGCAAAAAUCCAACUGCUUUCUGGGAUGAAAUGUAUAUGAUUUGAUUAAAACCAGAUGGAAAACUU